AUGGCGCCUAAGGGAAAGGCCAAGACCCUGCCAGAUGUCUCGUCGCAGGAGGCUCCUUCGGCUUCUGUGGAUGCGCCUGUCGCGGCUCCUGCUUCCGCUUCUUCUGUUCCUGUUGACAAAGGCAAGGACAACGUUCUGGAGGAGUCAGUUCAUGUGACAAUCCCCGAUGCUCCUGCAAGCGGCUCUGGACUUUCCUUGGAGGAGCGCUUGUGCUCCCUUCGUACGGCGCCUCCUGACAGUGGCUUCAUUGAAGAUGAUUCUGACGAGGAGCUUGAAGUCGACGUCAGGACGGAGGCGUUCAACCGUGUUCGCCAUACUGCAAUCCUGCUUAUCCCCGUGGCUCUUGCUCUGGAGGUCGCUUCCAUCAUUACCACGGUGCGAACCUUGAUGCGACAUGUCUGGUCGUCAGCGCUUUCUGAUGGUGCGGUCGACUCGGCGAAGUUUCAGGAGCUGCUCCCGGCGUAUGUGGCGAAGACCCGCUACAGCCGUCUGCUGGUCUCCCUCCUGCGCGAAGAGGACAUAAUGUGUAUCAGAUCCAGGGAAGUUGACUACACGCGUCCUAACGGCACGGUCUUCCGGCUCUACUGGCAGCACACGGAUGAUCCUGCUUUUGUGCGCGAGCGGGCGACGAACAAGCAAGCAGUUGAGGUGGUGAUUUGGGACGUACCUGCGACGAAGUCAUCGGAGAUGUUGCGGGAGCUGAUGGUGGUUUACCAGCUGCGGAAUCGGCGGCAGUCGGCCUUCAAGGAUGGCGUCUGUUUCCAUCGUGUCCUGCAUCCCGUCACUGGUGCUGAUACUGAUGUUGUUAAGGGCCUCGUGAUCCCUCACCCUGGUGACCGCUACUGCUGGCGUCACGUGUUUGAGGACCCCCUGGAGCUCGGUCGCCGUUUCUUGUCGUCUUCUGCAGCCGCGUCUCUUCCGGCAUCACCGCUGAUAACUCCUGUCCUGCUGGAUCCGGCCAUGGUCCUGGUCUCCACUGGAGGGAACCGGGAAGAAUGGCUCUGCACGCAAGUGGGCUGCGGGAAGGCGAAAGGGAAGAGCUUCAUGACUGCAGCGGAACACAUCACCUCGGCGAAUCACCUCAUCCAUCUGGAGAAGCUCGGUUCUGCAACUCGGGCCUCGCUCGAGCGCGCCGGUCUCAACGUCACGAAGAAGGAGUAUGGGUUUUAA